AUGACCCCACACACAGUCUCGUCCGUGCCUCGCCGGCCGGCGAGAUUGCUGGAGGAGCUGCUGGCGGAGGUCGAGGCGGAGAAGCGCGCCAAGGGCAAGAAGGGCAAGAAGAAGAAGAAGGGCGGCGGGGCGGGCGGGGCGGGGCCGUCGCAGGAGCCCGAGGAGGGUACCGAGGCGCCGUCGGUGGCAGACGCAGCCGAGGCGGCGAAGAAGGCCGAGGAGGCGAGGCUUCUCCUGCUUCUCGAGACGCUCACCGAGGAGAGGAUGCGGCUCGGCAUCACGCCGGAGAGCCAGGCGGCGGCGUCGGCCGAGGUGGCCGAGGCGGCGCGCUUGGACGCUGCGGCGGACGAGGCGGAGGAGGAGGCGGAGGAGGAGGAGGAGGCCGAGGCGGCGGCCGAGGCGGCGCUGGCGGAUGCCGAGGUUGCGCGGGCGGAGUCCAAGGCGGCGGAGGGGGCGGCCAGGGCGGCGUUGGAGGAGGCCACCGCAGCGCUGGAGAGGAGGGAGACGGCGCUCGAGGAGGCGAGGGCCGCCACAAAGACGAGGCGUGCUGCUGCAGUCGCUACGAGGGCCAGGGCGACCGCCGCAAGGAUGGAGGCGGAGGCGGCCCAGCGCUCAUAG